UGGGGACGGGGCUCCCAGCAGCAGGCUGCCCCGGGGGCGGAGGGGCGGGGCCCGAUGCGGCCUUAUUUCUUCGAGAGUCCGCAUCGCCAGCUCCAAGCCUGGGCCAGUCCAGCGCCUCGCGAGCCCGCCACAUCAAUGCAGCCCCGCCAGCAACCGCUGUCCGAGCCUGGGCCCCGGGGCCCGCGCCCCGUGGCCCCGCUGCUCGCAUUGCUGCUGUUGCUCGCCCUCCAGAGGACGGGGGCGGCGCCGGCCCGGCCUGGGGAGUCCGAAAAGCCCGAGGAUUACGAGAAGGUUUACGAGAGGGCUUACGAGGAUUACGAUUACGCGUUGCCCUUGGAUUUCGAGUUGCCCUCUUGGUUCUCGAACUUGAAGAUCCCGGGCGGACCCCUGCUGCCGGACGGGAUCCUGCGCCAGGGGGCGCUUGCUGCGGUGCAUUUCCUCAACUUCCGCGAGGGUUCUCCCAGCGACCUGCAAAUGCUGUCCACGGUGUACAGGGCCAGCGUGUGGGAGACUCCGGAGAAGGAACAUCACGUUGAUGUGGCGUUCACAACAGAGCGCUUUAAACCAGAGGAUGAUAAGGAGAAGCCUUUGGGUGAGUGCGCUGCUCGGGUGAUUUUCAGGAAGGGGAAGCCCAGACCGGCUGUCAACAUCUACUGUGAAGGGCUCACAGAGAAGAACAAAAGACAGCAAGAGGAUUACCUGCUUUACAAACACCUGAAGCAGCUUAAGCCCCUCUUGGGUGUAGUCCGCAUACCUGACCGUCACGGAUACAUCGAUCCCUCUCUGAGACCCUUGUGGGAUCUGGCCGCCCUUGGCAGUUCUUACGUGAUGUGGGACAAGACAACGAGUGUUUUACGAUACUCCCUGGUACAGCUCACCAGUGUGAAGCAAUGGAAAACAGAUGGUGAAAUUGACUUUGAUUAUACUGUUCAGCUCCACGAAUUCUCAACACAGGAAAUCAUCCCCUGCCGUAUUCACCUGGUCUGGUACCCUGGCAAACCGCUCAAGGUGAAGUACCACUGCCAGGACACACCGGGCCAAGGCUCUGAAAUUGAGGAAGGAUCUGGUGUGGUACUGACGGAGCUUAUUAAUUAAUGAGGAAAAAAACCCCUGCUUAUCCCAAAUUCUAAACAAAAUGACUGUAGCCUAAAUCAUUAUUUUAGUAAAAUAGCUAAGGUAUAAGGCAUUCCAAUAAUUCGGGGGAGAUUGUGAUACUCAAAAAUGAAAAGAUGUUGAGGUUUUUAAAAGCUAAUAAAUGUAUUUCAAUGAAAGUGAACUGUAAGAAAAAUGUUAUCUGUUUAAAAGGAAUUUUACUAUUAUGAUUUCAAGCGAAGUAUUCUUUUAUAACUCAAUAGCUACUUUAAAAUAAAUGUUUACAUCUCUAAA